GGCCGCCAUUGUUAUACGUCUGCGGCAAAGAAACGAGACCGAGUGCGAGUGGAAAGAUUCUUUUUCGGCGAAUUGUGGUGUUAAUACGCAAGAAAGGACACGGAAAGUGUAGCGAACGUAAACACUGUGUUUCCUUUUUAGUUAAAAACAGUGUAUUGUAAGUUAAAGUGUUGAGAUAGUGAAGGAAAUUACAAGUUUUUGUGGAAACGGACGGACGACGGGAAGGGAAACACAAGAAAAGGAAAAGACUUCUUUUUUUCUCGACGACGAUUAAUUAUCGGAGGGGAAUUUUUCACCAUCGCCAAUGUCAGCAGGCGUGUCAGAUCAGCGGAUGAAAGGACAAGGAAAUCAAGUAAUAAAUUCGACGAGCAAAAAUGUAGAAAAAGACGAUCGUUUUAUCCCUUGGAGUCAACAAGUCGACGAUGCACCAUAUGAAUCUGUACCUUCACCCACGGAGGGUAGCCAAACAGGAUGCUAUGAAUCAUCUAAUAGUGGAGGUGGCACUCAAUUUCAAUAUCCCCCUUUUAAAGUGAAAGAUGGUGCUUCUUGGUCGAGUGUAUCGGGAAAUAAUUCAAAAUCGUCGAGGCGGCUAUCAUCAUCAAAUGACAACUAUGAUAGUGAUGGAACAUAUGGCACGUCAUCUCACAAUAAUUUCCAAAAAAAUGGAGACUAUUAUAAUUCGUGGAGUUCACAAAGUCAGCAGUCUCAGCAGAUGAACAAUGCUUCUCAGAAUAGAAAAUCCAAUAAUCAUGAUGAGUAUUAUAGAUCAGAUAGAGGAAAUUAUCAAAAUGAUAACGUUAAGGCUAUGCAACGGGGCAUGCAAAAUAUGUCCAUUGAUGGCAGAAAUGACGAUCGCUCAUCAAAUACCACAAACAAAAAUGCUGAAAGAGAAAAGUCGACGGGACAGACCUCUGCAGCUCCCAAACAGAUGACCUGGGCUUCUAUUGCAUCUCAGCCGGCUAAGCAACCUUUGCGAUCUAGUAGAUUUACGAGUUCGAGCUCAACGACACUUAAGAAAAAGGGUCCGGGCAUGCCACCACCACCAAUGGUACCAGGCAAACAUAAUAUGGACAUAGGAACAUGGGAUUCACCGAAAAAUGGUCCACAGCUCGUUCCUCCACCUCCUCCACCCGUCAUUCCGGUUCCUAUUAUGGAACCACCUUCAAAUCAAAAUAAGAAUAAUCCAAGCCUUUCGAACAGUCGACCAUCGCCACAAGGAAGCAGUGGUGGUGGCGGAGGCGGUGGGAACAGCGGUAACUCUCACAGCACAUCAACAAAUAAUGCACCACAAAAUAAACAAGGAUCCAAUAAUCAGCCUAAUCGAAAUUACAAUCAAAACAUGUCAUCAAAUUCAUCGAAUAAUAACAACAAUAUGCGACCGUCUUGGGCUGAUCGUGAUCCACCACCACACGUUGCAAAAAAUAUGCAACCUGCGCAAAAUCAAAGGCCUAGUAUGCACGAAGGUCGAAGCAACUCAACUUCGCGUCAAUCUAGCCGAGAAGAAUACAGUAUUCACCGCAAUGAUCAUCACCAUCCUCCGCAAUCAGUUUCACCAUUACCUCCAUCGCAAAUGAAUUAUCCGCCGCAAGCAACUUCUCCCACUCUAAGUAAUGCUUCAUCUAAUCCGGCUGUAUUAGACGAGCUUCGAGACAGAAACAAUUAUAAUCCAGCUGAACUUGAUUUGGACACUGCAGCAAAUGCCAGGUUCUUUGUGAUUAAAUCCUAUUCCGAGGAUGAUAUUCACCGUAGCAUUAAGUAUGGCAUCUGGUGCUCAACUGAACAUGGCAAUAAACGUCUUGACCAGGCUUUCCGUGAACGUGAAGCUGAGAACGGAUGUGUUCUUCUAUUUUUCUCGGUGAACGGAUCGGGAUAUUUCUGCGGAAUGGCACACAUGAUGACACCCGUCGAUUAUAACUCAGUGUCCAGCGUUUGGUCCCAAGCUAAAUGGAAGGGUACAUUCAAAGUUCGAUGGAUCUACGUGAAAGAUGUACCAAACUUACAGCUACGUCACAUUCGCUUAGAGAACAAUGAGAAUAAGCCUGUGACAAAUUCUCGAGACACCCAAGAGGUACCGAAUGCUAAAGGAAUACAAGUUUUGAAAGUGUUACACAGUUUCAAGCAUGUAACAUCGAUAUUCGAUGAUUUCUUUCAUUACGAGAAACGGCAAGAAGAGGAGGAUUCGAAGAAGUAUGAACCACCAGCAAUGCGCACCUCAAACAGCUACGAUGGCGGACAGAGCAUGUCACCACCAGGUAAAUCACAACGGGGCGGUAGCGGAGACUACGAUCGAGGAUUUGAUAAAGGCUACAGUAGCGGUAGCGGUUAUCGGGAUAAAAGCUAUGGACGUGGUGGCGGCUUUCAUAAUAACUAUGAUAACCGGCGACAAUACGAUGAACCUCGCGGCGGCGGAAAUGGUUUCGAUCGCGAGCGGGACCGCGAUCGCGAACGUGAACGCGAACGAUAUCCAAGAGACGGACCUCAUUAUAAUAAUGCACGGGGCGAUAAUCGUGAUCGCGAAAAUAGCGGCGGUGAAUAUAAUAAUCGUGGCGGUGGUUUCCAUCGAAACGAUUUUCGUCGGGAUGAUAGAGAGCGAGGUUUCAAUCGUGAUCGCGACCGAGAUCGUGAUAACUUUGAUGAUGGUUUUAUGAGUCGAAGCGAGAAUAAUGGACGAAGCGGAGGUUUUAAUAGAGGAGAUCAAUAUAAUAGGGAUCGUGGCGAUCAUAACCGUGGACGAGGCCGAAUCGGUCAACGAAAUUGAGAAAUUGUGCAUGAAGAUUAAAUGAACUGAUUAAUCUGAAUCGACGUCGCGCGACCCUUUAUCUAAUAAUUUGAGGUGUUAAAGUGAAUAAACAUAAAGGUUUGCAGUACGCAUAUGAAACGAUUAUAAAACCAUAACAAAAAAAAACUUUAAAAACUUUAAAAAUCAUCAUGUUCUUUAGUAUUCACAUCAAACGUAAAGUUUUAGUGCAUCGCCGUGCGCUUUGAAUAGCGAUCAGUGUUAAUAUAAAACAGUUUCAAGCAAAAAUCCGCAGCACUAGAAACAUUCGACGGUUCUAAAUAAAUAUUUGUUUUGUUUCGAAAUUAUUAAUCCUACAGAAAAGUUACAGCCCGCAUAUAAAUUUACUACAAAAUUGAGAGAAAAUAACCGAAAAUAUAUUUCGCCUGACACCGUAAUUACAUCAUGAAUGUGUAAACGUAGUUGCAAUAAGUUUUUAAGGUAACAAAAAAUAUAUACUAUAUUAUGAAAGUGAAAACGCAGCACUUACGAGGAAAUGUUCGUUGUUCAGUAACAUAAGAAUCCAUCGCUGAUGCCGUUUCAGCUAGUUAAUUGAAAAGUUAUAAAGAAAUUAAGGAGAAGAAACAUCAUAAACACAUUGUAAUAGUGCUAAAAAGUCUUUAAAAAUAUUUAGUAAAACAAUUUAAUAAUUAACACAAACUUUAAAUUGAUUUUUACACAGAGCCUUAGCAUUAAAAUUAAAUGAUUUUUAAUACCGAUUUUAUAUAACUUAAAUAUAUAUUAAAGCAUUAAUGAUAAAGUGAAAAUAUAUUCGACUAAACAAGUAAAUAGAAUACCAAAUCGAGGAGGAAAGUGUUGAUAUUCAAGAGCGCUGAAGUAGGACCCUAGGCGAGACCUAGGCAGUUGAUAGUGCACAGAGCACAGUCUCUUGUCGUGGCCAAGCAUCAGCAAUUUCUCUUCCGACAAUUCAGCACCGCAAUAACAACACUCGAACUAUACGCCGUGUUUUUUUCUCCCCCUUAGAUAAUUCAAAGAAAAGCGAAUGUGAACUUGGGAAAAAGGAGGCAAAGCAGGAAAGUAAUAAUUGUAAAGAAUAAAAAACGAGAAUAAAAAAUAACUUGAAGAAAAAAAGAAAUAUUUCCAUAUUGAAAGUUCGUUGAUUUUAAGUUUAAUGUGAAUGAACCUUUUAAUAAACCAUAUAUCUGUUAGUAUCAAAAUAACAAAUCUUUUAAGUUCCACCCGUUCAUAUUGUAUUUUAUGAUUUUAACGAGAAACCCUGUUUUUAAGUAGCACAUCUUCUUUAUCGUUUUACCAUUUCACUAUUAUUUCUUUUUUAUGUAAACGCUGAAAGGUAAGCAAGAGAGAUUAGUGAGAGAACUGUUAAAUGAAUUGGUGAAUCUUAUGAUAUAUAUGAAACAAACUGAAAAAAAAAUUUCUUAUUGUAUAUUUUAAAAACAAUUGAUUAUGAUGAAUAUAUUAGAUUUUAGUCCUAGAGAAAUUAUUUACAUUAUCGAACAUCUUUUUAGAGAGAGAGUAUCAUGCGACGUAAAUUCCGUCACUAAAUUGAAGAAAAUUUAUCAGAAUAGCAACGACAAAAGAUAAUUGACAUCUUUAAUAAUAAUAAAAUGAUUUUCUAAAGAGA